GCCUUGCCGAAACUUCCCUUGCUCUUUGCUCUCUCUCUCGGACUUUCGGGUGAUUGCGGCGGCUCUCUCGAACUCCAGCGGCUCCAACCUCGAGCUCGUACUGUGUCUUCGCCUCUCCGACAUGAAUUUUCUCGAGAAGGUGAAGAUCACAAAGAAGGAAGAACCCAUCACGGAGAAGAAGACGGAUGACCUUCCCGUUUACUGGUUCGAGACUUCGGAUUCUGUCUCUCGCCGAUUUCAGUUCGAACCCGAUGGUCAUCUCUCUGUUAAACUUGUGGAUGACACAAGACCUGUUGCCCAGAAGAUGGUUGAAUCCUUCUUGAACAAGUUUUUCCCCUCGGGAUAUCCUUACAGUGUGAACGAGGGAUAUCUUAGAUACACGCAGUUCCGGGCACUUCAGCAUCUCUCAAGCGCUGCUUUGUCUGUGUUGUCAACUCAGUCAUUGCUUUUUGCUGCAGGUUUGCGACCUACACCGGCUCAAGCAACUGUUGUCAGCUGGAUUCUGAAAGAUGGAAUGCAGCAUGUGGGUAAGCUUAUAUGUAGCAAUUUGGGUGCAAGAAUGGAUUCUGAACCAAAACGCUGGAGAAUUUUAGCUGACGUGCUCUACGAUCUUGGUACUGGCCUUGAGGUUCUUUCUCCCUUAUGCCCGCAUCUAUUCCUGGAAAUGGCUGGUCUAGGGAAUUUCGCCAAGGGAAUGGCUGUGGUCGCUGCAAGGGCAACAAGACUACCUAUCUAUUCAUCAUUCGCCAAAGAAGGAAAUCUUAGCGAUAUUUUUGCCAAAGGAGAAGCCAUCUCUACUCUUUUUAACGUUGUCGGCUUAGGGGCUGGAAUACAUCUUGCUUCUACAGUUUGUUCAUCGAUGCAGGGGAAGCUAGUGGUAGGGACAAUACUGUCGGUGGUACAUGUGUUUAGUGUCACAGAGCAGAUGAGGGUUGUACCAAUCAAUACCCUGAAUCCACAGAGAACUGCUUUAAUCGUUGCUAAUUUCCUCAAGACAGGAGAAGUCCCAAGCCCCGCGGGUCUAAGAUACCAAGAAAAUCUCCUGUUUCCCGAAAAACUGAUACAAGGCUCAGGGAAUGUGAGAGUGGGAAGGGCUCUGCAUAAGGUUGUGAGACCUUCACAGCUUCGGAGAUUAAGAGACGUAUUUGCAGAUGAGAAAUUUCUGCUGAAUCCCGACCCCGGGAAGGGCUGGACGGAUAUGGUGUUGGAGCACGAUGCCUCGGGUGAAGAUGCACUCCGAGGAUGGUUAGUUGCUGCUUAUGCAAUGUCGAUGGAGAAGGCGUACAAAGAGCCGAAAGAUGUGAUGCUGCAAGACGCGUAUGAGAAGAUGAACGAUGUAUUCAAUCCGUUUUUGUCGGAGCUGCAGGCAAAGGGAUGGCAUACUGAUAGAUUUCUCGAUGGCACGGGUACCCGCUUCGCGUUUUAGGUAUAUCUAAACUCGCUCUUGCUCCUUUCGGGUUGUAAGCCUCGACGUUAAAAUGCUCGUCCAUGACGUGAUUUUUCGCCAUCGUGCAUUUCCAGAUUCAGCGUAAUGCGGGUAAUAAAUAAAAAAAAGCAUAUGGUUCGCGACUCGUGAAAGCUGAAAAAUUAUAAAUGUAUCUUUUAUAUUUAGGUUAAUAAUAUUAUUAUAUAUUUAAAUUA